GAGGCUCAAGCAGGUAGAGGUGAGACAGGUUAUCAUCUCAGCUGCAAUCUGUCAGAACUCUCCAUCAGCAGCAGCUUUCACACAAACGCACACACACAGCUCUGCAUAGGGACCACAACACACAGCGACAAGCACUAUGAGUGGUGAUGGGACAAAGUCUCCCCCUCCAUACCUCGUACCGGUAGAAGGUCAGAAUGAUGGCGUGAAGGUUUACCACGUGCACACCCCAUUCACCCCUCCCCCUCAACAGGAGGUCACUGUGUCUCAGGACAGACCAGUGUUCACCAGUGGAGGAGGUGGCGUGGGGUCGGAACGCCUUCCUGGAGAAUCUAAAAAGAAGUUUGUCAGCUACGACGUGGGGCUGGGACGUAACCCCGGCAUGACAAACUGUGACAGCUGCCGGCAGAACGUGAUGACUGACGUCACCUAUAAAGCAGGAACCUACGCCUGGCUGAUGUGCUUACUUUUCAUCUGCUGUGGGUUGUUCUUGUGCUGCUGUCUGAUUCCAUUCUUCCUGGAUAGCUUCAAAGAUGCGUACCACACCUGCCCCAACUGCAAAAAGGUCCUGCACAUCGAGAAGAAGAAAUGCUGCGAAUGACGAGCGGCAAGAAGAAAUUGACCCAUAGAAAUAAUAGUAAUAUUAACGAUAAUAAUAAUGAUGAUGAUCAAACAGCAACGUCCUGUCAGCUUUUUGAAUUACCCUUAUGAAGAACAGGCUACGCCAGAUUCUGACACUGACAGAGAAAGGUCACACUCACCUAUUUCUAUGGACCAAUCACUGCAUUGCGGAGGCCAGAUCACGUGCCGACGACUUUCCGCACAACACCAUAAAGUUUUAACAAACAGGCUGGGAGUGGCUGCGCUGUCGGGGCUGGAUGUUAAUUUAAUCUCAGCCUCUGGCAGGUCCAAGCUCACUUCAUGCACUUUAAAAAAAAAAAAAAAGAAAUACCACACAUUCACACAUUUUACCAACAUUUAAAUGAAGGUUUGUACAUAAAUUCUAUCAAAGGUUAAAUGUUUAAAAGGGUUGUGCCUUAAAUAUCUCAUCCUAUCAGUUUUCUAGUUGAAGGACCUUUUGAAUUUACUUCCUUCUUUAAGGCUUUUGCUUUACAGAAGAUUUAGCUUUUCUUUUGUUGCAACAAGCUAGGAGACGAACAACAUUCUGAAUCUGCUCAUUUUAAAUGUUACCUUUUAGGACUGUAUCGUUUCCGUUUUCACGAGGGAAUCCAGAAAGCUCACAUGCUGUACAACAUUUGCUGUAAAUAAGAAUUUUAUGUAGAGGAUUUAAUCUUUAGCUUUACACAGAUCUAGCGUCUGAAAUAGCACGAGCGUUUGUGACAGCAUAAAGGUCGAGGCACAAGGGAGAUAAAAUUAAAAAAGUUCAGAAAAUUUAAAUGACGUGUAUAUUUUUCAUCUGUUUUUGUUUUCUCUUCUACCAUGCUGCAAACAGCCAUCUGCAAGAAAAGGUUGUCAGAUGUUCUUGUCCUUUCUCACAUGAAACAGAGUAUGCCUCCAUUAGUUACUUAAUGAAAAUAAUGUUUCUUGAAUAAAAGUCAAUCAUAAACAAAA